AGCUUGUGAAAGGCGAAGAAAAAGAACUUAUGGUGCAGGAGGCUUGAGGUUAAAUAGUUCAUCUUUAGGAGCAGUGUUACAAUUGUUGGAAGAUAAAAUAGAUCACAAUGGCGGGACGUGGAAGAGGAAGAGGAAAGCCUACUAUGUCCAUUAGUACAGAACAGCUGGGAUUUUCCAAGGGAGAAGCUCUGCCACCUCCAGUUUUACAGCCUCCACCAAAGUAUCCUCCUCUGGAAUAUAAACCGUUGCCUUUGACCAUCGCGAAAGAAAUGAGUUACUUGUUGGAACUCAAGAGAGAAUUCGCAGAAUAUAUGAGGGAAUCUCCGAAUAAUGUUUUGCCACUAGUAAUUAAAAAGGAUAUUGAAAGAUACUCUGACAGGUAUCAAGAUUUAAUAACAGACAAAAGCACUUAUGAUAUCAGGUAUGAUUGGAGCAGAAUGCCAGCAGAGUUGAAGCCUCAGAUGAAGAAACGCAAAGGACAGAAGAUAUCGAAGCCGAAGAAGAAGAAGAAAAAGAAUGUGGACAUUGACACUAAACUACAGGAGUUAGAAAAGAAGGAGACUACUCAGCAAAGCGAUGUGGAGGAGGAAGAGAAAGAGGAGGAAGAAACGGAAGACAAAGACGAUGAACAGGUCGAGGACGAGGAAGAGGAGCUGGAUGAGGAAAUGGACGAAGGAACGGACUACGUAAACAAUUACUUCGAUAACGGAGAGGGUUACGACGACGAAGAUGAUAAUUUAGAUGAUGGACCUAUUUAUUAACAUAUAAGUUUUUAUAAGAAUUGGAAAUUCAUCUCGCGGUUCUCGAUCACCGGACUAGGAUACUUACAAGCUGCUAGUUGAGCACUGCACGGCAAUGUAUAUAUUUUUUCUCUCUCUCUCUUCAUUAUUUUUUUUCUUUUCUUUAUCGAACUCUCGAUCGUGUGUACAGACACAAUAAAUUGUAUUUAUAUG